UAAAUGCAUAGUUCAAAACUAACAUCCUUAUUAAUUACGCUACUAAUCUUACUUGAAUAUACACAAUUAUACUACCAAUAUUUGGUGUUUACAAAAUCGAAUUCUUUAUUAUCCGAUCAACAGCAUAACCACCAACAGUUGGACAAAAGGAGCAUCAAUACGUCCUUACUUCGAUCUCCCAAUUGCCCUAAAAUGUGUCUUUGCAUGUCUUUGAAAGAUUUUAACCCUCCAAAUCUUAACAAGUAUGCGCCUACCUCACAUUCGAGCAUGAGUUUCCCUACAAAAAAUAUUCCAAAUUCAUCUUUCGUGAUUAUGCAAAAUAAUAUGCCGUCAGUGGGCACUCAGGUUAUAUGUUCUAAAACGGAUUUGAGAAUCCUACCAAGAGAUUUACCGGCAGAGACUGUGAAACUGGAUGUAAGCCAAAACGAAAUAUCUUUCAUACCCAGCCGGGCUUUCGAAAAUUUACCAAUCACGGACCUGAUUUUGGACGACAAUGAGAUACGAGAGAUCAAACCUUAUUCCUUUAUCGGUUUAAAGAAAUUAAAGAAUUUGCUAAUGAAAAAUAAUCCGUUAGAUGUGCUGGGGCAAAAUUCCAUGAGCGGUAUAAACGGAUCUAAGACUAUUAAUUUGGGCUCCAAUCACAUCGAUCGGAUAGAGAGGGAGGCUUUUGAAGAUACCGAAAACAUAGAAUCGAUAAAUCUAUCUGGAAACCCAUUAACAUACGUAAAGACAAAGGCUUUUAGGGGACUUAGAAACGUUGGUUACUUGAUUCUUUCCUCUUCCGGCUUGAAAUAUUUGGAACCUGGUUGUUUCGACGGAUUGCAUAACGUUAGUCAUUUGACUAUGACAAGGGUUCCCUUGAGCAAUAUAGAACCAAACACAUUCAGAGGCUUGAGAAAAGUAGGAACUUUGGAGCUUAAACAUGCCAAAGUAGGAAAAAUUAAAGAAUACGCGUUUCGAGGGUCAGAAGAUAUAAACAGAUUGAUUCUUAGCGAUAUAGAAUUAGAAUAUUUAGAUAAAAGAGCUUUCAGGGGCAUGAUACUGACUACCGUGAAAGAUGCGAAGGAUGGUUUGGACAAAAAAUUUAUGAUGGAAAAGGUGGAUUUAUCCAGAAACAAUCUUAAAUAUGUAGACCCGCUCAUAUUCGUAGAUUUGGAAAAAAACACAAAAGUUGUGGAUUUAAGUGAUAAUCCCAUAUCCUGUGGUGAUUGUAACAUGUCCUGGGUAGGGUUGGCGAGUUAUUUUUACGGUCAUAAUCAACCUUCAUUAGGUUCUUACGAUUCUUCUCGAACAACACCUAAAGGUGGAUCAGAUCAAAAUUUAAUCAGUGACAAAAAAAUUAUAGACCUAAGUAAUUUUACUAAUACUAUCAAGUUUAACCCCCAUCAUAUAUCUCAACUCAAAUGUUUUACCCCGUUGCACUUAAAAGGGAAAUUAGUUAAGGACGUCAGUUUUUACAAUGAAUUCGGUUGUUUAUUAACAGCUAGAGAAUUAGCUGAAAGACUUGAUAUAGAUUUGUCAUCUGGAACUUCCAUGGACUGCUAUUUUAUCAAUAUAACAGAAGAUAUACUCAAUCUUAAAUUUGGGGAAUUAUCAUGGUUACAGGCUACCUUACCAACCAAAUCCGGCGGCAUUGGUAUAAGGUCACCUACCCUACUUUCUAUUAUUGCGUUCAUAUCCUCUCGCCUGUCCUGCGAACCCAUCAUUCAAACACUAACAAAACAUCCUGACCCCUUACUCCUACAGGCAAUUGAUCUAUGGAAGUCCCUCUCAUUAGUCGAUCCUUCAUCAUCGGCAUUACAAAAGGAUUGGGAUAAACCUCUAGUUCCUAACUCCGUUGCAUUCCUUAAAUCGAGGAGCCAACCAGAGAACCAUUCUCUACUCUUCUCCAUUUCCGAAGGUAGUGGAUACGAAUUUUUUGAGGCUUUCCCAUCCGAAACCUUGACCAGCUCCUAA